CUCCCAGCGUUCCGCACACCUGUCCCUGUUUGUUUAAACCCCAGCCUGGGAAGCAUGGACACCCUUCAGGAUCAGCCUCACCACCAUGUUUCUUCUGACUCCAGUCUUGGUAGCAGUCGUCUGCAUUUUGAUGGUGUGGAUCUUUAAAAAUGCUGAUGGAGGCACUGAGAGAAGGAACAGGGAGCCUAGGGCUGAGGCCCGUCCCUGGGUGGAUGAAGACUCGACAGGCAGCACCGAUGUCCACCAGGAGGAAGCAGAGGCUGAUGAAUGGCAAGAGUCAGAGGAAGAGGUGGAACAUAUCCCAUUCUCCCACACCAGAUACCCAGAGAAGGAAAUGGUUAAGAGAUCCCAAGAGUUUUAUGAACUUCUCAGUAAGAGACGGUCUGUUAGAUUCAUAAGUCACGAGCAGGUCCCAGUGGAGGUCAUUGAUAAUGUCAUCAAAGCAGCAGGAACAGCCCCAAGUGGGGCCCACACAGAGCCCUGGACAUUUGUGGUGGUGAAGGACCCAGAUGUGAAGCAUAAGAUUCGGGAGAUCAUUGAGGAGGAAGAGGAAAUAAACUACCUGAAGAGGAUGGGACCUCAGUGGGUCACAGACCUGAAGAAAUUCAGGACCAAUUGGAUUAAAGAAUACUUGGACACUGCCCCUGUUUUGAUUCUCAUUUUCAAGCAAGUCCACGGAUUUGCUGCAAAUGGCAAGAAAAAGAUUCACUACUACAAUGAGAUAAGCGUUUCCAUCGCUUGUGGCAUCCUCCUGGCUGCCCUCCAGAAUGCCGGACUGGUGACUGUCACCACCACGCCUCUCAACUGCGGCCCCCGUCUGAGAGUGCUUCUGAACCGCCCCACCAAUGAAAAACUCCUGAUGCUGCUCCCUGUGGGGUACCCCAGCAAAGACGCCACGGUGCCCAACCUCGCCCGGAAAACUCUGGAUCAGAUCAUGGUGACUGUGUAGGCAGGACACAGGCAGGCAGACGCUGGAAGCUGCCCUGCUCCCCUCUCCGGUUCCUCUUUCCCUGGGCAUUCCGUCUCCCUGGCAGUCCACCCUGCGGGGGUGGCCACUAUGUCAGUCAAGAAGCCUUUCCACUUUCUCCAGCACUUUGAGUCUGAGAAGGCCUGGUUCCGAUAGUGUGAUUAGCUGAACAUACAGAAUAAGGGAUGAACAGGUAUGUUCCCUUCCAUUCCUUAUCCACUUUGGAAAUGCAUUAAAUGUUUAUUAAGAAUAUGCCCUGGUUUUUAAGUAUUUCUAAAUUGUUCCAGAAAAAUCAUGGGGGAUUUUUUUUUCCUUUGCUCUUUAAAAAUUCAUAGAGGAAAGAGUUACCAGAAAAUUUAGUGUAGUCCCAAGAGUUCAGCUGUGUGAUGAUUUCUGAAUUUAAAUUUAGAUUGAUCAAAUCUUUCUGGUGCUUUCUGGUGGCUUUUAAGCAAGGAUUAUUUUUAAGAGGAAAUCUUUCUGAGCUUCAUGGAUACUCUGCUAGUUUUCAGUAAGUAACCUUCAAAAUAUUUAAAACCUCACAAGCACAGAACAGAACAGCGUCUGCUUGUGCAGGUGAGUUGAACGGGCCACCAUCCGGGCAUAUAAAUGGUUAGUCGCACUGUCCAGCCCAGUGAGUGUUGAAGGUGGCUCGCACCAGCUCGUGGAAGCUGAUGGUUAAAUAUUCAUGAAUUCUUCAUGCCAGUUACUAAACCAUUUGUAGCUUGAAACUGCCGAUGGUGGGAGUACACCAUGGCAAUUGGCAGACACACAACUCAGGACUUGCUUUCUUUUUCUUAAAGAGCAAUGUUUUCCAGACACUAACAGUGUCCCUCGUCUUUUCCACUCUCCUCCGUGAAACGCACUUAUCCUUUUUCUCCAGAUGGCAGUCACACUGUUCGGAACCCAUGGGGCCACAAGGUGCAGGUGGGGGGGUCACUGCCAACUCCAGCCCUUCACCCGUCACUUCUGUCUCCCUUCAAGGGGUGCGGCUCACAUUGGCCCAGGAGUAGCUCAGAUAAUUGCUCAUUAAGCAACUGUACUCAGACUUCUGCCUCGUGUCACUUUGUGUGUGAGUCACACAGUGCAUUGAUAGGAUCAUCACUAGUGUCACUGAUAAGAGUCAGGGCUGGCGACAAAUCUGUAUCAGAGAAAAGGAAGACUUUUUUCCCAUUUAAAAUAUAGAGGGAAUUCCCUGGCAGUCCAGUGGUUAGGGCUCCAUGCUUUCACUGCUGAGGGUGUGGGUUCAUUCCCUGGUCAGGAAACUAAGAUCCUGCAAGCUUUGUGGCUUGGCCAAGAGAAAGAAAGAAAGAAAACUUAAAAAAAAUAUAUGUAUAUAUAUAUAUAUAGAGAGAGAGAGAGAGAGAGAAUUAGGUAUUAUAAGAACCUGUGCUUUUGACCUUUGAAGUAGCCAGAUGUCUCUUUUAGAAGGUCCAAAAUCUUCCAUCUAAAUCUUUUUUUUUCUCUAGACGUUCUUUUCCCCAAGUCUACACAUUUUACUAAAUGCAUCCCUUCCUAUAUUUUGUUUCUAUUCUUUUUCAAACAAUUAUUAGUACUCUGAUAGGUGUUUGUCCUGAACUCUUCACUGUAAACGAACAUUGUUUUAACUACAUUGAGGCUUUAUUAAACCUAAUCACAGUACUUCCAGUUGUUUUUAAAAGGACAAAGAUACUCUUGAGUUCCAAUGGGAGAACAAUAAACAUUUUGGUAUCACUGUGCAAAGAAA